AUGGCCUCUGCACAACGAGAAUACUGGUCCCUGGCUCUUUCUCUCGUUUUCCUCGGCAUCAGGUCCUCCCUGAAAGAAGACCUCCAGCACUCGCCAGCUGAGCUGGUUUAUGGCACUACUCUCCGUCUUUCAGGCAAAAUAAUGGUGCCCACUCCUGCCUCUCCUCUAGGCAGCGCCCAAUACUUCGUUUCCCCCAGCUUGAAAAGUGCCAUGAGCCACCUCCAGCCCGUGCCACCUCGCUCUUCGCCGGGGAGAACCUUCGUAAGCCAGGACCUGGCCGACUGCACACAUGUCUUCAUCCGCGUGGAUGCUGUGCACCCUCCUUUCACGCAGCCAUACCAAGUCUCCAACCGUGUCCUGCGCCGCACGCGGAAGACCGUCACCGUGGACAGGAAAGGCUCCACUGAGGCUGUCUCCAUAGACAGGAUAAUACUUGUCUAUAUCCUGGAGCCUGACACUACAGCCGUCCUCGCUGCCACCACUACUGACGAGUCCAAGGCCUGCACACGACGAGUCCGCUUCUCCCUACCGUCUCGAAGCUAG